AUGGAGUUGGAGGAAGAAGAAGAAGCGCUGCCCCUCCCCCCGCCCCCACGACCGCCAGUCCCGCCUCCGCGCCCGGCGGCGGGGGAAGAAAGAGGGCCGGGGCAGGAAGGGGAGGAGGAUAUGGACCUGGACGAGGGCGAGAUCAAGGUGGUGUCCUCCUACAAGCCGCGCGUGGCGGCCGGGGGCGGAGCGGCGAGACCGGAGGUGAUGCUGGACCCGGUAACCGGCAAGGAAGUCCCGAUCGCGGACGUGGGCGAGCACAUGCGCAUCCAGUUCUUAGACCCUCGGUGGCGAGACGAGCAGCGGCGGGCUCUGGAGAAGAGGAAGGAGUCGGCGCUAGCAGAGGGGGGGGACAUCGCGGCCAACGUGCGGAGCUUCGCCAAGAAGAGGACGGACAUCUUCGGGACCUCGGAGGAGGAGGAACGGCAGAUCCUCGCGGACCAGGAACGUUUCCGAGCCAGACAGGAGGAGAAUCAGCGCAUGAUCUGGCAAGGUGGCACGGGGGGGCAGGGGACGUUAGGGCCGGGCAGGGCGCCGGGGCCGUCUCCAGUGGCCUCCUCAGAGCCACGCCCGGGCUUCCCCCAGCAAACCAACUCCUUCGCACAGCCUCCAGCCCCGGCGCCUUCCCAAGCUCGAGGACCCGUCCCCCCGGUAUCUUCCUCUCUGCUCAAGAACACCUUGGCGGGCGGGGCCGGAGCAAGCAGCUUCCCUGCCCCGCCACGCGGGCCUCCUGGGGGCCCGCCGCCAGGCCCCCCUCGUGGUCUGCCUCAACCGCCACCACCACCCUUGGCACAGGCGCAGCAACAGCAACAGCAACAGCAACAGCAACACCAAGCGCAGCAGCCACAGCAGCCGCCGCCGCCGGCAAGGCCGCCUGUUCCCAUCAUACCGACCCUGGGCGCCUCGAAUUUGGUCGUCGGAGAGGCGGAGAAAGAGAAGGUCUCGGAGGAGGAGCAAAAGCCUACUUUGCUUUCCGAGUCCGCGUAUGCCUCUGCGAAUACAGGGGCUGGUUCCAUCAGCAUACAGGCGCCUCAGGACGAGAGCGCCGCGACCUGGAACUUGAAGGGACAGCUUGUGAAGCUGGAGAUCGGGAGUGUGAUGUCUACGGUCAGGGAAGUGAAGGAGCAGCUCUCGCCCCUCCUAGGAGGGAUGCCGCCGAACAAAAUGCAGUUGCGAAAUGCGGAGCAGGGGGUGUUUCUGAAGGAUGCACAGACUCUUGCCUCCUACAAUCUGGGCGCAGCGGGCUCGUCUACCGUCUUGGAGCUCGUGACUCGCUCCAGGGGGGGCCGGAAGUAA